UUCAACCGGAAACUAAUCCGAAACGACCGGCGAGACACUCUACACUACUCCAUCAUCAUGUCUUUUUAAAAGCUUUUAGGGUGAGACAAAGAGGGAAGAAGAUUUUCAGUUCCACAGACAAGGAAAGCGAAUUGUUUGUUUCUAACAUAGACAUACAAUUUUCGCUUCGCUUAAGUCAUUCUUCUUGAUGGUUUGGUUGGCCUUUUAGAAAUGGUGACGCUAACCAACUUGAUCAUAAGGCUAAUAAUUGGAACAAUGAUCACCUACUACGAAGCGGGAUGGUUCCCAUUAAUUUCAACAGCUAUGAAAAUUGUGAACUAUACCUCAAUACUUCUGUGUGGGAUAAAUUCCUGCGAGCAGAACUAUACACAAAUUGAUCGAAUUAUCCGAUGUAUUGAUCAUUUACUGACGAACAAGAAAAUACCAUUGGAGGUCUGCGAAGCUUUGAAUGAGUUGCGAGAGCUCGUCAUCACACGGCCGGUCAGCUUCAAUGCAGCGAGCUUCUACACCCUUGACUACCCCACUAUGCUGUCCAUGGCCUCCGCCGUCGUCACUUACACCAUCAUACUGUUGCAGAAUAUGCAAUAAC